GGACAACCUUUUUCAACCAAUCCGCUGCUCAUGAUGUUCCCUCCCCAGGUUAGCUUGUAGGUGCUGGGAGUAACACCUUUCACCUUCUGAAUAGUAGGUGCUAGGCUCGGCCUUAUCUCGAUCUCGUUCCAUCUGCUAAGCAUUCCCCUCGUUGCCAGUGACUUUCUUAAACGACGGGCUGAUCCUUAUUCUGUUGAAACCGAAUUAGUUUCCCGAUUCAGCAAUUUCGUCUUUUAUUUCCGUCAGAAGAGCGAUCAACUUUUUGUAUUACUAAUGGACUCCGCAGGGGACCCGAGUUGGAAGAGGUCAGUGUUCGACCUCUCUCACUUUACCUCAACCCCCUCCUUGCUUCUUCCUGCCGCUGUCGAUCUGCACGCAUCGCCGCCUAACCCGUCUACUACGUUCACGUCCCCAUCUGACGUCUUCUCCGUGCAUGCUAUGGGACCCUCGUGGCGUCACCAUGAUGCUUCCGCGACCUCCGCUCCCGGUCUCGACCCCUACUACGACUUCCUCUCUUCCAGCGGCCCCAAAAAGCAGAUUCAGCGAAAGUCGUCCGGGGGGCCGUCGUCUUCGUCAGACCCUUUAAGGAGACCCUCAAGACAGAAUUCUUACCAGCGGCGAUUAACCGACUCUCCCCUCCCAGCAGAUUACCGUGUCUCCUCCUCCUCUUCCUCGUCCUCCUUCUCCUCGUCGAUCAGCGACGGCCAAAAUCGCGGAGGUCAGCAGCAGCGUCAUCGUCCCGGCAUGUCGUUUCAAAGCAACCCGGUUCGGUUACAAGGAGACCCAGUCGAGGCUCAUCUCGCCCACGCCGUUUCCGAGCUUGCUGCGACGAGAGCUCCACCUGCCGAAGAGCUCCUGGGAUUUUCCGAGCAAGAUAUUCAAGAUUCCCACCAAAUUGAUGGACGAUCCGGGACACGAAAAGAAUUGAUCGCAGGGACGCCGCCAGCUGCUAGGAUGAUGUCGCGACGUGCGAUCCUGGUGGUGACCGUCUUUCUGUUUCUCCUGAUAGUGCUGCCGGCGCUUCUCCCGAGUAUUUCGCCUCCGCCUUCAGCGCUGCUGGUUAUUCCCGUGAUGCUCAUGUUCAUGCUCGUCUAUCUAGCCCUGGCUCCUCAUCACCUCCCUGGGAGGAACCACGUUUACACGUAGCUCUUCUCAUUUUCAAGUUUAAGGUAGCUGCAGUGCUCCCAGCUUCAGUCUUGCCUAAGUAAAGCGUUUCUUUGCAGGCAUUAUUUCUGGGAUGUCCAAGACAUUCGUGAAGGCUGACAUUGUGGGGCUCAAUAUCAAUUCGCCUAGAUUGCCAUCAAAUGAAUGAGUACGAUCUGAGAGAUCCUGGCAAUCUACCACAGAGAAGCAAUUCAACGGCUUUUUAGUUCCAUUUGCAGACAUCAGAACAGUACCAUGCACCAGGCUCAAAACUCCUUUUCUGGAUGCAGGGUUUAUGGGAAUGAGACCAAGCUAGCAACUGUUUGGAUUGGAACAAGCACUGCACUCCCAAGCGACAUGCCUGCAUGAAUAACCAUCACGAGCCCAAGUGCUCACCCCUAGACAACCAUUCAAGUCUAUGGUACCUACCCACCCUCAAGCCUGAACCAGGAAACCUAGACAACCAUUCAAGGGUAUGGUACAGAACAUCUAGGCACCUCGAACUU